GGUUGACGUGUUGUGAGAGUUUUGUGAAGCAAGUGAAAGAUUCUUCUGUGUAUGUUUCCGCUGCUAUUAAUACUGUUUGUGUACAAUUUUGUUCUACGUUCGGGGCUGGAAGAGCACCACCAGGCACACCUGACUUUGUAUGUGGUAUAAAGAGGUUCUUCAUGGCGCGUUGCGUCUUCCACAUCAUCUGGAUUCCUAUCAUCCACCUGUGGCUCUCACUACUAAUCACCGGUACUACAGAAGAAAAUAAUACAGACUGUUUCCCAAAUAUUCUGGUACCACGCAACACCGUGUGGAAAGCUCGUGAAAUGGACAAACUGAAGAUCAACUGUACUGUAGAAAGUGAAUCAUACUGUUGGAACAAAAUAAGCGUCACAUGGUGCAAAAUUGAUUUGAAGAAUAAAUGCAACCAUCUGAAUCAUUCUUAUCACACAACAACUGAAUGGAUACGUAUUAAUGAGAGUAGAAGACUAUUGUUCCUGAUAUUCCAAAACGUAUCCAUGCGGGAUGCUGGUCUUUACAGAUGUGAGGUCUUAUCACCUGCACCUAGCGUCAGCCAUGCUAUCAAUGUCACUGUGACAGAAUAUGUUCCGGAUAUUAGCACUGCCUCUGACGGUGGAAGCCAAGUAACACAAGGAACAACAAACAAUACAAAUACAAAUAUGGCUGCAAAUCCGACAUGGCCGCAGUCCUACGUGUACAUCUGCAGUGGGGUUGGGGUGCUGGUCUUCAUAGUGCUUGUGUCUGUAAUUGUUAUCUGGUGUCGAGGGCAGAAGAAAUCAAUUAAAAAAACAAUACACCAGAAUCAGUGCACACCAUCCCCAGUGUCUGAUCAUGCUCCACCGGUAUAUCCCAGGGAGUUUCCACAUAAAUCCCAAACUCUUCCUGCCCAAGUCAGUCUUUCAACAUCCUGUACCUAUGACACGCCUCCUGUCAGAGUUUCAUCUCUAAAAGACAGACCAUCAGCGGGAAGACAUCCUGUCAGUCAGGGACCGCGGAGACAAUGCCACAACCGUCUGGAAGUGGAAGAUUUAGAAGAGGUUGCAGAAGAGAAUCCUUUGAUAUAUGCCUCCCUAAAUCACGGGGCUGUGCCACAGAGACCCGCUCGAGUCGCUCAUGUACAGAUUGAAGCAUCAGAAUAUGCUGCCAUUAAACUCACAUAACUCUAAGUCCGAAUGCUACAGGAAACUAAACACAGUUUAAUUUUCCUAACUUUUUAAAGCCAGUCUGGACUUAUGUAUUUUGCUGUAGGACUGUUGGUUGAAUACACAGGCAGCACAAACCUAUAUCUUGAACAAAUCCAGUUUGUUCACAAUAUUCACACUUUAUAGUUUGUGACAGCAUGCUAAGGGUGAAAUGAGGGCAAGUUGUGAGUGAUGACUAAGAUAAAUACAAGAUGCAUAGCAGCUUUGUUUGACUGUGAUGACCUAGAUCUAUACCACUGAUGUCCAUACCAACAAAGUCCCCAAGCCACAAGCUUUUUUUUUACCCCAAGCCCAUGUCAAGUCAGAUCAAGACAAGACCAAGACCCCGAACAACUGAGAUCAAUACAAGCACCAUUUCCAUCCAAGGCCAGGAAAAAAGAACGAGAUCCAUAGCAACUGAGAUCAAGACAAGACCAAGAUCCAUAGCAACUGAGAUCAAGACAAGACCAAGAUCCAUAGCAACUGAGAUCAAGACAAGACCGAGAUCCAUAGCAACUGAGAUCAAGACAAGACCGAGAUCCAUAGCGACUGAGAUCAAGACAAGACCGAGAUCCACAGCAACUGAGAUCAAGACAAGAACGAGAUCCAUAGCGACUGAGAUCAAGACAAGACUGAGAUCCAUAGCAACUGAGAUCAAGACAAGACCGAGAUCCACAGUGACUGAGAUCAAGACAAGACCGAGAUCCAUAGCAACUGAGAUCAAGACAAGAACGAGAUCCAUAGCGACUGAGAUCAAGACAACACCGAGAUCCAUAGCAACUGAGAUCAAGACAAGAACGAGAUCCAUAGCGACUGAGAUCAAGACAACACCGAGAUCCAUAGCAACUGAGAUCAAGACAAGACCAAGAUCCAUAGCAACUAGAGUCAAAACAAGACUGAGAUCAAGACAAUUAAACAAGAAAUUAUUAUUCCUCAUGUUGAAGACUUAUUAUUAAGACCAGACUGUAUCCAAGAUCAGGAUAUAGUGACCUCAAGAAAGGUUUUGGUCUUGAAACCAGUUGGACAAUCCAGGGUGUCACUGAGCACACAGAAAAGUGAACCACGUAAAGUGAACUAAAUGCACCGAAAUCAUUUCUCUCUGUUUCAGAAAUACAUCUAAGUACUGUGUAAAAUGGACGAGCUACAUGAAAUUUAUUUAACACAGAUUUGGAUAUGAGGGGACAAAAAUUCAGAAAUUGUUUGUAGGAAAGGAAAAAAAAAAACAGUCCAGGUCUGAUUCAGCUUUCAGUUUUUAAAAAUGAUCACUGUAUGAAGUUGAUUAAUUCUUAACAAGGUUUAAUAUAUGACUAUACUGUACGUGUAUGAUAGAUCACUUGUGUCUUUAAAAGCAAAGCUGUAGCAUGCAGCUAUACGACAUUGGGUUUUUUUCCUACCUGGGGCAUGAAACUUAAAAUACUCAUGCACAAUUGAAUUUUUCUGAGAAAAUCCUUUUUAAAGCUUUAUAAUUAAAUGUAUGAUUUUCUUCAUGUGAAAUGUGAUUGUUUAAUAUAAAGCUUCAGAUUUACUGAAGUGCUUCAUGUUCUAUCUCCUUACAGACUUUUUAAGUACACUAGGCAUUAACUUCGUGUAAUCAUUAAAUUCGUGUACUCUCUGGUUGUAAGGUUUGCUUUUGAAGGUUGUGUGUGGAGUUACUAGAUAGUUUUAGGUCCACAUUUGGUUAUCACCUGAACGACCGGUUCCCCAUCACAAGCCAUACAUCCUCAAUGUAACAAGGAACCUGCACUGUUUAUGAAAGGAAUCGUUGUACACACUGUCCGUGAUCUCGUGAUGGACUGCAGGAAGAUUUGCAUUUAUAAUCUGUUUCUCAAAAAAGUUCCCGAUCAGUAUAUGCGGAUACUGAUUACUGCUUCUCCAUCAGGAUCUUUUUACUCCGGGGACAUCUUUUUACUUAAGAAUUGAUAAUAUGAGGUUUGUAAUUUUGACUUGAAACAAACUUAAAAGAGAGAGAGCACAUGGUGGGACAGCAUUGUGCAAAGAAUUGUGGGGAGCCCACAAACAUUACAACAAUUGAUCACACUUCCUGUUUGAGUAAGUGAUGAAACGGAACAAAGUGAGGUGUACAGGGGUCUGACCUUAACCUGUUUCUUUUAGUUACACCAGAUGAGAAGCAUGUCUUUUAUGACAAACAGUACAUGUGUGUGCGUAUGUGUGUGUGUGUGUGUGUGUGUGUGUGUGUGUGUGUGUGUGUGUGUGUGAACUAAUUUUUCCACACUGUGCAGCCGAGUGUAUCAAUCACAUAACCCUAACACAAAGUGAAACAUGAGCUGAACAUUUAAAUAUUCUCUGAAUAAUUUGCAGAUCCAUCAUGUGUGAAUCCUUCCAGGUGUUUUUGCAAUUUUCUUUAUCCUGGGUUGUAUUUUUCUCGAAAGAUUCUGUGUAAUAUAGACAAUAAAACAGAAACCAGGGAGGCAAA